CAGGAUGAGGGCGACCGGGCGUUCGGCGGCGAGGUUUCCCUGGAGUCCAAGGUGUAUUGGUGGCACGAGAAGUACAGGCCGCGCAAGCCCAAGUAUUUCAACCGAGUGCACACGGGUUACGAGUGGAACAAGUACAACCAGACUCACUACGACAGCGACAACCCGCCCCCCAAGGUGGUCCAGGGCUACAAGUUUAACAUCAUGUAUUUCGACCUCAUAGACAAGACCAAGGCUCCCACGUACCGUGUGGCCGCGGACCCGGCCUCCACUGACAACUCCACCUGCCUCAUCAUCUUUUCCGCGGGGCCGCCGUACGAAGACAUUGCGUUCAGGAUCGUGAACAAGGAGUGGGAGUACUCACACAAACGCGGUUUCAAGUGCACCUUUGACCGCGGCAUCCUGCACGUCUAUUUUAACUUCAAGCGCACUCGCUAUCGUCGCUAG